GGGGAUAAACUCACAAUGUUAUGAAAUGAUGUUGUAUAAUUCAAAAUGAGGAGAUAUAAGAUGAAUUAAUCGAAUCUUCGCAAGAGUUCGUUAAGUGUUCUGGUUUAGUCACCAAAUCAGGACACACACACACACACAUGCAGAGGUAUUAAGGUGUGAUGUCGGUGCUACAGCAGCUUACUGAGCACCAGCCAAUGAGCAGGCGUGAGAUGGUGAUUGUCUGGAGGAUCACACACUGCUCGUCAGUCAGAGUCUAAGCGAGGAAGAGGAUCACUCACCUUCGUCUGCGCCACACCGCCGGUCCACAGAAUCAAAAACAAUAAUGUCUGCCUUGCAGAAUGUCCCCCUCACAGCGGCCCUCUGCCUGCUGCUCCUCGUCACCCUGUUACCCAGCUCCGAGGCCCGCAGGGGUCGCGGAGGCUUCGGAGGCGGCGGCGGCUUUGGCCGAGGUGGAAGUUUUGGCCGAGGAGGAGGUGGAGGUUUUGGUGGAGGUGGAAGUUUUGGCCGUGGCCAGAGCAGUGGGCCCAGUGCAGGGAAAGUAGCCGGGGCGGCGGCGGCGGGCGCCAUAGGAGGAGCGAUGAUCGGGUCCGCCCUCAGCCGCCCCGGGUACGGAGGAGGGUACGGAGGGUACGGCGGAGGGUACGGCGGAGGUUACGGAGGAGGUUACGGAGGGUACGGUGGGGGUUACGGCUACCCACGUCACGGAGGUGGAGGCUACGGCCCCAGGCCCGGCUACGACUCAGAGGGCUCCGGAGACAUGGAGUACUACGCUGGGGCGUCCAGCGGGCCCAUCUACAACAGCAUCAUCGUUGUCAUCGGCUCACUGAUGUCCCUGCUCAUGGGCCAGUGGAUGGCUUUGGAGUAGACCUGGAUGCUACCAACACACACACACACACACACACACACACACACAGGUCCAAACAACCUGACUAAGAAAACAACCUGAAUGAAAAGAUCUGACCUUUUGAAUGAUGAAAUGCUGUCGCCAAUUGGUUUCCCCUCAGAAGACAGGAGGAGGAGGAGUUUGACCUUCACCACACAUCAGCGUGACACCGAGCUUCGAUCUGCAGCUGUUCUGACCAACAAACAAACCUCCUGUAGAGAUAUUUCAUGAAAAUGUUUUAUCCCCUCCGGUUCUCCUUUUUAAAUCAGCCAGUCUUUUUUUUUAUAUACUGUUGAUAAAUGUUUUUGAUCACACGUUUUCACCGAGAAGAUAGAUCCGAUCGGCUGUGUGAUUAGGUUAAGUCUACCUCAGGAAGUCAUGUCAGGAGUUUAAGAGCUGCUAUCGUAAUGUCAUUUCUCAGUGUAUCUCUUCGUAUUCGUGUUACUUCUUAAAGUACUUUGUCUAUGAAGAAUUGAAGUACAUGUGU